GCAAUUACCAGGGGGAUUUUCCUUAUUGGCUAGCUUUCUUUGUACUGGAAGGUGCCAUGUAGCUUGUUGAAGAAGAAGAAUGAUCAACAGUCCAACACAGCUGUGAACACUGUGAGCUACACUAAGACCAGCAUGGGAAGAUAUGUUCGUGGGUACAAUAGUGGCACAGAUGUUAUAGGGGUAACCAACUGAUUUUCUAAUUCAAUUAAAGGCCAGCAAGAGGAAGUACAUGCCUGCUACUGUAAAUCUGACCAAGAACCCAUGGUAAGGGAGCUCACAGAAUACCACGGUGUCAGUCAGGGUACAGAAAAGAUGGAAAAAAGGAUAUGUGCCCUCUGUCCCAAAGAGCAUGAUUGGAGUGUGAUAUACUUUGCACCAUCAGUGAAUAUAGCUGCUCAUGAAAAUUGUUUGCUGUACUCAUCAGGACUGGUGGAAUGUGUGGAUCGUGAUCCAUAUGAUACAGAUAGAAAUUUUGAUGUGAAAUCAGUAAAGAAAGAGAUCUGGAGAGGACAAAGAUUGUUUGUGAAAGAUGAGAAGUUAAAAGUGAAAGCUGUUUUGGAAGGCAAGCGAUUUCAACAGCAUCUGAGAGCUGGGAGUGAAGAUGGGCUUUUAGGUUACAAAGGCAAGAAGAAUAUCGGCAGGAAGGAGAUUGGUUAUAGGGGAGAACAGGAGGCUGCAGUUUACGGGGUGAAGCUAAAUAAGUAUUUUAGCCAUGUAGUGGCGUGCACCUCUAAUCCCAGCAUCGCAGAGACAAAGGCAGGUGGAUCUCUACAAAUUAAAAGAUUUAGUGAUUCUUUGAAAUUCUGUAUUUUCAGAUUAUUUUGCCAACAACAUGCUCCAAAACAAGAAGAGACCACGCAGAGUGCUGACUGCCCAAGCCUGAAGAAAAAGAGAGAAAGGGAGAAAGACCUCUCAUCAGACUCUCCCACACAGCCUACAAAGAAGAAACAUGACAAAAGACACAUGACGGUAGAGCACCUCAGUCACACAGGUGCAGUUGUCAAAGUUCCUUUUCUUAAGAAAUGCAAGGACGCAGGACUUCUUACUGAAUUAUUUGAAGAGAUACUAGAAAAAGUGGAUUUAAUGUAUGCCAGACUCAUGGAUGAGACCACAUCAGAUGCAGACUAUAAAGAGAUUGAGACCUUACUGCUUGGCAGUGGAUUGUUUGAAGACACAUUAAUAAAAUUCCAAGAAGUAAUAAAGCGGAAAGCGUGUGAAUAUGAAGAAAGGCAGAGGCAGCUGAAGCAGCAGAUUGAAGCCCUUGGAGACUUAAAAGAAAUCCUGUGCUCAUUUCAAGAAAAUGGAGACCUGGACCACUCACGUUCCACCUCGGUAUCCUUGGAGGACCCCCAGCUCAAAUGCCAGGAGUGUGCGGAAAUGCAAGCAGGCUCAGAAGACAGCCUGUGACAGACGCACACACAGUCCCCAUGCCUCUCACCUGCUACUGCUGAUCUAUGCUUCACACCUGACUGGGUGUUUCCUGUGCCCUCUGUUGUCAUCUCACUUGUCUGGCUUUUUCCUUGCCUGUAAAAACUGUUCCUCAGGUCAACUGCCUCAGGCCUCCCCUCUGCUCUCCAAGCAGUGAGGAGGUCUUCCUACCUUCCCCUCCCACCCAGUCAAGUGCAGCAACACCAGAGCCUUUCACAUCUUUCUGUGGAAUCCUAGAACUGUCUCUUGCCUCUGCUGCCCAGCCAGUAGGUUUCUUAAGGGCCUCUUCUCAUUAUUCAUAAUUCCAUCAGAAUAAAGUAUAAACUCAUUCCUGUGGCUUGCACACUGCUACCCUAGGUUUCUGCUAACUACCAAAUUCGCAGCAUUUAGCACACUCAAUAAAUAUUUGUAAAAUACACUGUAAAGAGU